CAAUAAUUCCCAUAACCAUGGCCUCCAAAUUUCCAGUUCCCACAUUCCCAUUUUCCCCAUCGUCUUCAUCUUCAUCUUCCUCGUCCAUCUUAUACCCCAAAACCCCCAAAAUUCGUCUCUCCUUGUGUAAUUUCCCUCUGCAUCUCCGGCUUUACUCUCCAUGGAAUGGUUUAAAGCAUUUGGGUAUUUCAAGCAGAGGAAGGUUUCCCGAGAGGAGGAAGAGAAUUCCUAAGGGGAAGGCUGUUUUUGCAUCUCUGUUUGGGGUUGGAGCUCCGGAGGCAUUGGUUAUUGGGGUUGUGGCUCUGUUGGUUUUUGGUCCCAAGGGCCUUGCUGAGGUUGCUCGAACUUUGGGGAAGACCUUACGUACAUUUCAACCCACUAUAAGAGAACUUCAGGACGUUUCUCGAGAAUUCAAGACCACACUUGAGCAAGAAAUUGGUCUCGACGAAAUCUCGAGUCCAGUCGAAAGCUCAUACAAUUCAAGCAAAUCAGAUACCUUCUCAAACCCACCUUUUGUUCCUAAAGCAGAAGAGUCUUUUGCAGUGGCUGAACCAAGAGGCGUCGAAGCACCUGUCGUGGUGGCUCCCGAACUCCAAAAUCUUGAAGCAGGUAAGGUUGAGGAGUCUACUGCCUCAAGUCCUGGAGCUGAAAAAUAAAGUUAUUAGAAUCGAUUUUGGAUGGAGGAGUAUUUCUUUUAGGUGGUCGAUUUAGAAAAUUAUGUGUUAGUGAUUGAAGCUCCUAGGAGAGAAAUGAUUCUAUUAGUGUCUUGGAACUUAACCCGCUUAUUGAUCUGGUCAUGAUGAAAUGGGGUAAAUGGUCGAGGCUACUUGAAGGCUUACUUUUUGGUUGACAGGUAUUGUGACAGGUAUUCCCAUGAUCGAUUCAAUAGAUCUUUUCUUUUUCCGUUCAUAU